CUAUAUUAUUAAUGAGAAAAAGUUGUCUCCGCGUUUUUGAGCUCUUCUACAUCAUUUCCAUUUCCAUGUAAGCCAUAGUUUGCAACUGCUACGUCUACGACUUCUUUUUGCGUUCACUGUCUCUCGUUGAAGUAGGAUCGAUCAUCUUUCACGUCUCCGUCACCGGUAACCUAAUGCGAUUUGACUCUUCCUAACACCCGAUCACCCGCAAGAGUGGAAAUCAAUUAUCAAAUAGGAAAUGGAUACGAGUAAUUGGAGGCAUAUUGAGGAUGGAAGUGGCGAUGUUGGUGACUCCUCUAUGGAAUCUAGUGAUUGGAGGGCUCAACUGCAAGCAGAUUUAAGGGAAAGGAUGGUGAACAGGAUAUUGGAUGCCAUGAAGAUGCACCUUCAGGUCUCUGGAGAUGAGGGGCUACAGGAGCUUAGGAAAGUAGCUGUGAGUUUUGAAGAGAAGAUUUAUGCCACUGCAACAAGUCAGUCUGAUUAUAUGCGGAAGACAUGUUUCAAGAUAUUGACUAUCGAAACCAGAUCACAAAAUCCCAUGCCAGAUGCUAAUAGUGUAAACAACUCAGAUCCAGCAUCAUUAGAUUCCACAAAUGGUGAAGACUGGCAAGAGGAAGUGUAUGAAAAGAUAAAAACUAUGAAGGAUCUUUAUCUACAAGAUUUGAAUGACAUGCACCAGAAACUUCAUCGCAAAUUGCAGCAGCAUGCUUCUCUUCCUCAGCAAUCAAAUAAUGAGCAACUUGAGAAGCUUAAAGUAUUCAAAAACAUGUUGGAGCGUUUCAUGGCAUUCUUACAAAUCCAAAAGCACAACAUUUUAGUCAGCUAUAAAGACAAACUUAGUACUUAUGAGAAGCAAAUUGUCCAUAUCAUCACCUCAAACCUCCGGAAACCUGCUGCCACUCAGCAGCCACCACCACAACCACUUCCUCCACCACCACAUAUGCAUUCUGUGCAACAAAAUAUCAGUAUGAAUGGUUCUCUACAGCAAAAUUCAGUGAAUGGGACUGCUGCCCAACAAGUAAACAUAAAUCCUUUGGUGUCUCAUAAUGGGAUAGCUCAGACUGGAAAUGAAAAUGGUGGAGAUUGGCAGGAGGAAGUGUAUCAAAAGAUAAAAGCUAUGAAGGAUCUGUAUCUACUAGAUUUGAAUGACAUGCACCAGAAAAUUCUUGGAAAAUUGCUACAGCACGAUUCUCUUCAUCAGCAACCAAAGAGCGAGCAACUUGAGAAGCUAAAAGUGUUCAAAAACAUGUUGGAACGUUUCAUGGCAUUCUUACAAAUCCAAAAGCACAACAUUUUAGUUAGCUACAAAGACAAACUGACUACUUAUGAGAAGCAAAUUGUCCAUAUCAUCACCUCAAAUCGCCGGAGACCCGCCCCCACACAACAACAACCACCACCAUUUAUGCAAUCACAAUCACAACAAACACACGGAAACCCAAUGACUUCCCAAAUGCAAACAGUCAAUCUACAGCAAACUUCUCUAUCUGGGGGUUCAACUUCAAAUUCUCAACAGACUAGGAUGAGUUCAAUGCUUGACUCAGUGAGUGGGAGUGGGAGCAUAAAUCCAAUGGUGUCUGAUGGGGCAAUGGGUACCCUACAGCUGAACACAAACAUGCUUCAUAUUAAACAACAACAACAACAGCUUCAUAAACAACUUGUGCAAUAUCAACAACAACAACAGCAGUUCAGACAACCAGAAGGAAAUCAAGUUAACCAGAUGACUCAGCUUCAUGAUGAUGGUGGUGAUAUGAAACUCAGACAACAACAAAUGAUGCCAGGUGGCAGUCUGUUUUCAACUCAGUUAAUUCCAGGUGGCGUGUCCCCACAGAUUGAGGGACAAACUAUGUUUAAAACUAUGCACUCUGCCAACUUGACUAAUGUUGUGAACAUUGGACAUGGGCAGGCAGUGUUGACUAGUCAAUCUCUUGCUAUUGGGACACCUGGCAUAUCGGCUGAGUUUACUAGUCCAGAUGGGAAUGGUGUUGUGACAUCGAUUGGUAAGUCUAGUGCUGCAGAACAGCCUAUUGAGAGGUUACUCAAUGUGGUGAAAUCAAUUUCAUCGAAUGCAUUGAGUGCUUCUGUUAGUGACAUUGGUUCGGUUGUGAGUAUGAUUGAUAGGAUUACAGGAUCAGCACCAGGUAACAGAUCAACAGCUGCAGUUGGUGAGGAUUUGGUUGCCAUGACAAAAUGUCAUCUUCAAGAAACAUCUUUUAUCACUCAAGAUGAAACCAAUUCCAAUCCCAAUCCCAUCAGGAAGAAGAUGAAAUGCUUUACAAGUGCAAUGCCUUUCAAUGUUGCAGUCAAAAGGCCACGGAUUGAGACAAACCACUCCCUUUUGGAAGAAAUAAAGGAUAUAAACCGGGGACUCAUAGACACUGUGGUGGAUAUUAGCUUUAGCGCGGAGGAUGUUGACCCUGCUGCAGCCUCCAAGGGAACCGUGGUUAAAUGCUCCUUCAGUGCAGGAGCUCUCGGUCCCAACUUAAAGUCCCAAUAUGCUUCAGCCCAAAUGUCACCUAUUCAACCUCUACGAUUGCUCGUUCCUGCAAAUUAUCCAAAUUGUUCUCCAAUUCUCUUGGAUAAGUUUCCAGUCGAAAUCAGCAAGGAGUAUGAGGAUCUAUCAGUGAAGGCGAAAUCAAGGUUCAGUAUAUCUCUAAGAAGCCUGUCACAACCGAUGUCACUUAAAGAAAUUGCAAGGACUUGGGACAUUUGUGCACGUGCUGUUAUCUCUGAGUAUGCUCAGCAAACUGGUGGUGGUACUUUCAGCUCUAAAUAUGGUACAUGGGAGAACUGCUUAAGUGUAGUAAACUAACUAGUAUGUAUACUAAUUGCCCUUUGAAG